CUGGAGUGCAAGCCCUGGCUUCCUAUUUCGGGAGCAAGGGGUGUGGGCCACGCUCAUCAUGUGACGCGAGGGCUAUUUAAAGAGACUCUCCCGCCGGGUGCUGCGGUUCUGAGUGCCUGCACGCCUCCUCUCUCAUCACACCAUGGCGGACGCCUUUGUCGGCACCUGGAAGCUAGUGGACAGCAAGAAUUUUGAUGACUACAUGAAGUCACUCGCUCAUCUAAUUCUCAACCGUCCACCCCUGCCCUUAGGUGUGGGCUUUGCCACCAGGCAGGUGGCUAGCAUGACCAAGCCUACCACAAUCAUCGAGAAAAAGGGGGAUACUAUAGUCAUAAAGACACACAGCACCUUCAAGAACACAGAGAUCAGCUUUCAGCUGGGAGUGCAGUUCGACGAAGUAACAGCAGAUGACAGGAAGGUCAAGUCGAUCGUGACACUAGAUGGAGGCAAACUUGUCCAUGUGCAGAAGUGGGACGGGCAAGAGACUACGCUUACAAGGGAGCUGUGUGAUGGGAAACUCAUCCUGACACUCACCCAUGGCAGUGUGGUGAGCACCCGAACUUAUGAGAAGGAGGCGUGACGCUGCUGCGCUGUGGCUGACUGUUCCUCUGCCUACGGGCUACCCCUCGACUCAGCACCACGUGCCUCAUUUUUUCCCUCUGGUGUUUUGUAUAAAUACACUUUGGUUGGGAUGUUUCUGGAGAUGGGGCACCAGCCUGAAUCCCAGUUCCCAUUGUGUAUGUGGUUUUAUUUUUUAAAACUGUAUCCACAGGAUGCUCUGAGGUCAAUAAAACAGAGUCAA